GCCACAUCAAGAUACACUUUUUUUUCUUCUAGAUUUGCCGUUUUCCAACAUUCUACAUCGGUGCGGUUUUAAUUUUCCCAGCUGCACAUUUAGGAAAAGUCGCCCGGGAAAACCACUCUUUACGAGGCAGCAUUGGACAAGAGCGUGAGAGGAGAGAUGUCUGUGAAGGUAAGGUACCUUGAUAGGAGGCUGCUGAAGAAUGUUCUUCAUCACACCGAGACUCACAACAGACUACAAGAAGAAGAAGAGAUGUGGGAGAAGAAAAAAGAAAAGAGAUCACAUGUACCAAGCAACAGGUCACGAGGGCCAGUCAGAUAUGGGCAGAUGUACAGUGACUCUCCCAGAGAAAUAUACGGUGGAAACAAUAACAGCCGGGAAAGAUGGAAUCAACGCAGGUUGAAUCGAGGUGGUCGACAGGGCAUGAACACUCAGAUGGAGAGAUGGAGUCACAAUGGUUUUAUGGAGCUCUAUCCAGAGGAGAACAUUAACAGGUCAUCCAUGGAUGACACCAGUGAUGAAGGGACAGAGGUCAAAGGUCAUGACAGGAGAAGAAAGAAACAGAGAUCUGAACGAAGGAGGAAGCCGUCACGAGACGAGGAUGAUGACGAAGAAAGCUCCUCAGAAUCGGACAGUUCCAGCAGUUCUGAUGAUUCGGACAGUUCUUCAAGCGAAAGCAGCAGCAGCGAAGAAGAGACACACAGAGGAAGACGAUCCGACGCGAGGAAACCACGUAGGGACGAUGAAAGAGAUUAUUCAAUAAGAAGAGGAGGAGGAGGAGGAGGACGGAGCCGCAGGAGACCGACGAGGAGGCGAAGACCGAGUGCUGAAAGGAGUAGACGGCAUGAAAAUGGUCAUCGCAGGAGCAGUAGGGAAAGGAGACAUUCCGGGAGAAGUGAAGGAAGGAAUAGUGAAGAUGGGAAAUCCAAGAGGGACAGGAGUGGUGAUAGGAACAGACGUAGAAGACGACGCAGAAGUCGUGAUCCAUCUAAAGACAGGCACCAUCGGAGGGAUGAUCAUGAUAAAGAGUCAAGAAGGAGAAAGGACAAAGAAAGGAAGAGUGAUAGAAAAGAUAAAAAAAACAUAGACAGAAGAAGGAGGAGAAGAAGUAGAAGUGGGAGUAGAUGAUUGGACUAUUGUGAUGUACUAAUGUAAGUCUUGGUUGUGUUAACAUUCUAGGGACAUGCCUAGAUGUUCUUUUGCAUAUACAGUAGACUUUGCGUAUUAUAAGUCGAAUUCAGACCAGAAUAUGUGAAUGUGAUUUGAAGACUUCUUAAGUCAAAUUUUGCCCAAGUUGAACAGAUUUUGGUUCCAACAGAUUUGACUUGGAUAGAUUCACAUGUAUAAUGGUAUGUCCUACAUUUACAUAUUGUCACUGAGUUUAGUGAAGCAUAAAAUGUGGCAAGCAAUUGGCUUUUUGAUCCUACUAUUGCUGGUUGGGACUUCAGUCAGUACUGAUUCAUUAUCUUACCAAGUCAUUUGUAGAAACCAUUUUAACCCUAAAAUGGCCGGGGGGGGGUUGAAUCAACCCCCCCCUCAACAUUUUCUGCGAUCAUUCCGCCGCGCAAAAUUUUUUGACCGCGCCACUUGCAGAGUUUAUACUUUUAAGUCUCGCGCAUCUUUUGAGACCAAAUUUACGACGCCCGGGUACGCGGUUCCGAAAUUACGCAACAUUUUGUAAGUGCAUGUCAGACCAAAAAUUGUUCCAAAACGUGAUUUUGUGUACAAAGUCAAUGCAAAUUGAGUUUUCUCGUCUUAUUCAUAAAGCUAUGAUUAUUUUUACUUUAAACAGCUGAAAGCAAUUGAUUUUAGCAUAAUUAUGCUUCAAAAAGGUUGUGCAAUAAAUCUGGUGAAAAAAACAAAGAAAAACAAAAGGUUGAAAAACAAAGAAAUACAUAAGAAAUUCAUAAAACAAUAAAAUACAUAAGAAAUUGAUUUCCAAACCAAAGUUUUUUUCAAUUGCCAUUGUUAAGAAUGCUACAAAGAAUAUUUUUAGCAAAAAUUAGCAUUCUAGGAGCUUUAUUUAGUGAAUUAGAGCAAAAAGUAUGAUUUAUGCAUAAAUUAGCAUAAUUAAUUCAUAUAAAAUAAAAUCUCAUUAUUUUGGAAAAUUUUACCAUACAGCCUUGUAGAUUACAUUGCACACUACCAGCGUGCAAAUUUUUGCGGCGCUCGCGCGAUCGGCGGCCGAGAUCUCAGGGGGGGGUUGAAUCAACCCCCCCCCCGGCCACAGAACAGCCAAAAAAGCCCGGCCUAGUUAGGGUUAAUGGACAUACAUAUAUUCACUGGACUGUGUGAAACCUUGUAUCUCAAAUUUUAACAAACUUGAAGAAGUUUACCUGACAAAAAGUUUAUUGUAAAUUAGCAUGAAAAUUAAUUUUAAAAUAUUGGCGAAGAUUUAAGGAAAAUCCAUCGAAGAAUAAAAAAAGUUAUUAGAGUUUCAAUUAUUUGGUUUGCGACGUCAUAUGCUAUUAGCUUUCCUACAUAUCAUAUGGUAAAUUGUAAAAAAUCAAUGAAAUGCUAUUUUCUCAGAAAAAUGUUGAAAAUGGUUUUUAUUGUACCUUUAGUAUUUCAAUACACAAUGAAUUCACACCCACUCCUAAAAAGAAUUAAACAAAAAGUCACCAUGAACCAUAAAAAAAAUGAAAUUUAUUCGUUUUAUAUUACAUAACAUAUGGGGCAGCUGCUCGUUUAUGACAUCACAAAUCAAAAACUUGAAAUUCUUAUAUUUUUCUUAAUCUUAAAUGAAUUUUCUUCAAACCUUUAGCAAUAUUUUUUAAUUAUUUUUUCUGCGAUUUUUACAACAAAGUUUUUCGUCAGGGUGAACUUCAGCUUUAAGGACAUCUCACAAAAUAGCUUGAUUUUAGAGUUAUGACGUAAGUAGCAACCUUCUUUGGCCUUGAAAAAGUUCUCCACAGGAAUUUGGAGACUUCUUUUGACAAUGUGAGGUUUGCCAGCUUGCCGUCACUGCAGCAUUGCUAAUGUUACUUUUUUUUUCUUAGCUGCCCUCAAAAUUUCUAGGUUUUGAGAUCCAAUGUUUGAACAAUCCAGAAAUGAUAUACUGCAUCAUUGAAGCCUCUUGAACACCUAUAUCUCGUGGAGUAACUCUAAAAGAACUGGGGGGGCCAUGAUCGCCCCCCCCCCCUCGACCACUUUGUGCGCUUCUUCCGAAACGAAAAAAAAUAAAGCUACAAAAUUUUAUGACUUUUCCUUAAAGUCUUGUGCAACUUUUGAGACCAAAUUCGCGACACACGGGUAUAGCAUCGCGAUGCCACAUGACUUUUUACGAGACAAUGUCAUGCCGAAAAUGGCUCAUUUUUACACUUUUUAUACAAAGUCUAUGGGAGAUGAAAUUCAUAUAAGGGUGAUUAUUUUUCAUUCUAAUUGGUCUGCCUAAUUAAUUUAGGGUUUAAUUUAGUUGUUAAAUGGUCUGUAAUAAUUUCCAUUGAAAAAACAGUGAAAAAACAAAAGAUGAAAAAACAGAGAAAUACAUAAGAAGUUAAAAAAACAUAAGAACAAAAUUCACUUUCGCAAUUUUUCUUUGUGGAAACCUUUAAAUUAGAUCUGGAAAAAAAGAGAAAAUUUGAAAUGAAAUUGGGUGUUAAAUAUGCAAAUUAUGUUUUUCACGAUUAAAUUUGCAUAUUUUAUUCAUAAUGAAUAAAAAAUAUAAUUUUCAGAUUUUUUUAUGUGGAAAAGAAUGUGGUUGUCAAAUUUUGGCGCGAUCGUGCAAAUGGCAGCUGAGAUCAGGAGGGGGGCAUCAUCCCCCCCCCCCCCCCCCCCCCGUCCUCAAUACAUCUCAAAUAGCCUGGCAGUCCUUUUAGGAUUAAGAAAGCUUGUGCCUACCCCUAAUACUGUAUUACUCGACUUUCCUAUUCAUACACAAAGGCUGAUAUCAAAUUUGAGUUGAUGAAGGUACUACUAUGAUUUGCUUUGUUAUUCUUGGAAAAAAAUAUUGCACCAAACAAGUUUCUGCAUAUAGGGAUGUAGCGUAUGACAUACGCCAGGCUAGUGGGCAAAUCACUGAUUGACAGAGACUGACUGGGCAAAGAAGAAUGAUGAGCAAAGGCAAAUCCAGUAGGCAAACUUAAAUCAUUCUUUUUAAGAAACGAAGCAAAAAAUAAUUUUUUUUUGCGAUCAGUAAUUUUCCCACUAACCCGACACACAUUGGAAAUGCUAAUAGAAUUGGAACAAAACUUACGCAGAAUUAUAAAAACUAUAAAUAGAAUUACAGAGUAAUGAGCAAAUGAAAAUCAGAAAAGCUACUGAAAAUUUCCUGUCAAUUGAAAGCGUUGUCCCCCAUGUUGUUUCCUGUUACCUACUUCAAUAAAAACUUAUGGUAAUGAAGUUGAUAUUAUUUCAAGCAAGCCUGAAUUAUUUUAAUUAAACUUUGUUGUUCAAAAUAAGCAUUCAGGCAUAUGAUAAACACUAGGAUUGCUUCCAACCAUUUCCUAUCAAAUUUAGAUUUCAAAACCAGAACUUGAACUUUGCUUUAUAUCCAGGAAAAAGGCGUCAAACCACAAGGAAAAGUAGGGCUCUCAUGUGAAACGUGUGAAUUGAUUCAAAAUGCUGUAAAUUUCUUUGAGCUUGAAAUAAUUCAGUUAACCCGUAGCCUACUUGAACCAGAUGGUCUCUGUGCAAAGCCUAUAAAAAUUGUGAAAUUCAGUAUUCCAUCGGAUUAAUAGAACAUAAAAUAGAGGCGUAAUGAUAACAAUGACAAUCAUAUUAACCCUAAAAGGACUGGGCUAUUUCAGAUGUAUUGCGGACUGGAGGGGGACCAUGAUGACCCCCCCCCCCUUCUGAUCUUGGCCACCGUUUGCGCGAUCGCUCCAAAAUUUGGCACGCACAUUCGUUACCACAUAAACUACAAGCCAGUAUAAAAAAAAAUCUGAAAAUAAUUAUUUUUUAUUUAUCAUGAAUAAAAUAUGCUGAUUUAUUCAUGAAAAACAUACUGAUAUUUUUAAACACCCAAUUUCACUUCAAAUUUUCUUCUGUAUAUCGCGCGAAGCAUUGGGGGGCCGUCAUUCCCCCCCCCCCCCCAAGUACUUUCAGGAUUAAUACAAUUCUAAUUCUACAUUACAAUUUAAUAAUCAAGGCUCAAAGGGAAUAAAAUAAAUAAGAUAAAUUUUAUUCAACUUACAGGUAUACAUUCUCGGGAUUCAAGGGGGCGCUGUUGGACCAUUUGUUACAUGCUGUCAGAGUUGGGCAUUCAUAACAUGGCUUCUGCAUUUAAUAGCAUCCUAUAAAGUUGGCAUUAUUGGGCAGCUGGUGACGCUUGUAGUGAAUUGGUUUAACAGCGCCUCUUUGGAUCCCAGGAAUGUAUACCACUGUAUCACUUGCUUUGCAAAAUCAUGUUUUGUUGGGGUUUUUUUAAUCAUUUUGCGGUGUUAGCCUCAGUAUUAUCAAUCCACGCAAUAGAAAUGAACAAGCUUUGUUUAUUUUGCUUUGUGUAUUUAAUAGCAAAGAACCCCACCCCAUCAAUUUGUCAUGUUCUAUCCCCGCACAAUUUGAUGGCUCAUUAUGUCAUAUCAUGGAUACCAUUAUAGAGUACCGAAGUGAUGACGUCACAAAAUACUUUUUUGCAUUUCAGAAUUUUUGAUAGCAUAUUUUGUUAGAACAUGAUGAAAUACCUCCACUACCAAAAUUUGGUGCGAAUCGGUCCAUGGGGGCCUGAGAUAUGACCUCAUUAAUACAUAAUUAGCCCCAUUGAAGUCAAUGUAUUAUUGGCCUGGUUCUAACAGUUAGGAACCAGUUCAGUGUAUUAUUGCCCCGGUUCUAAAAGUUAGGAACCAGGCUAAUAAUACACUGACUUCAAUUUGGCUAAUUUGAGUUAUGUACAUGUAUUCAUGAGGUCAUAUCUCAAACCUUAUAAAUGGUAUAAAAAAUGCUGAAAUGCAAAAUUGGAAAAUUGAUGGUCACACUUCAGUAUUCUAUAUGUGACGAUGAAAUUUGAAACAAGAGUUAUGACACCAUUUUUUUUUGCUCAACAUUUGUUAUAGUUUUGCUUUGACAUUUGUCUUUUCGAAGUGAAUGCUUUUAUGACAGUGAAAGUGAAUGAAAUGGUCGAUUGAUUGGACUAUUUGUAUAUAAUGCACCAUCCAAAACUUGACACAUAUCAUGUUAAAAUGAUCUACAUACUAUAUAGUACAACUUCACAAUCAAUAUUGUGACUUUUUCCAAGGUUAUUGUGUUUUUGCAAUUAAAUGUUUUUUUAAAAUGUA